AUGAACCAGACAAGCGGGUUCUACUCUCUGCACGGAGCUGCUGGAUGGGCUGAAGCGCCAACGGCAUCAUCAGGAGGGUUCACAGAUGGGAACCCUCGGGCCGUAUGGAACAGCCACCACGACGAGGUGGAUGCGUACGAUGACAUCUUCGCAUCCACCACAAAUCUCAUGGAGCAGAUGGACCUAAACUCGAGAGGUCCAGAGGCACCCAUGACUUCCCAACCGCUGGGGUCUGCCAGCAUGCGCUCGCAGCCGCAACAAGACUGGCCGGCGACAACUCAGCGGGGGAGACCAGGAUGGGUGACGGACCGAAAAGGGGUCCGUCAUCAACGACGACAGCAGCAGCGGCCUGCGGCGGCGGCUCAGAGACACGGCGUCCGCAAGUCGCCGUCGCAGAGUCAGCGCACGUCGUAUGGGCACAGCCAGCUGGGGCUGUACUUGGGACGGAUCGAAGAGUGGCUCGAUCCGGUGCGGGGGCUCGCGGGGAACAUCCCCGCGAGCGGAGGCUGCGGCCUGCAGGUGGCUACCUGUUGGGAGGCCGGCAGCAUCACUAACAUGAAGCAGGGGGCCGUCGUCGCUGCUGGCGACGACUUGAUGGCCUGGGAGGAGGUGCAGGAGGAGCACAUGGACGACUCCGCUGACGCCGCCGCCGCCGCCGCCGCCAUGCUCUGCUCGGACAACACAGACCCACCGUUCGGCUCAGAGCCGCUGGUCAAAAAAGCCCGGACCUGGACCGAGCUUGCCUGGGCGCCGCUCAAGGACGGCACGCUGGCCUGGCAAGACCCAUGGGCCUGGUUCUUCGACGAGCUGGAUCCGAGCAGCCGAGGCAACCUGACCGAGCCUCCGCUCGAGUGGUUGCCGAUGCACGACGGCAGCCACGCUUGGCAGGACCCGUUGCAGUGGCGUCGAGAACUGUUCCCGGAGAGCAUCCCAGCCCAGUACGAUGAUGAUGAUGAUGACUUCUACUGA